AGGAUAUAGCAAUAAAGAAUAGACCACGAAAUUUUCUAAUAGUCGCUCCUACCUGCACCUUUUAGUGCAUUGAAUGUACUCAUUAUAAAAGCUUUAAAGAUGGCUACAUUCAUGGAACACAUGUGCGGAUAAAUGUACGACGAUGGACGCUGUUCAUAAACCGAAGAAAACACGCAAGCGAAGCUCACAGAAUGAAAAUGAUACGUCGAAGAAAAAGGCGAAAAUCAACGGCUUCGUUGAAGAAGAAAAAGAGCAAAAUAUAACGGAGGGAAACGCAGAUUCCAAUAAAGAUAAUGCAAAGGAUAAUAUUUUCAAUGAAAUGCGGAAUGAAUUUAAUGGAAAAUACUUCAGGAAACUUUUAUCUACUUCCAAUUGCACAUACGCUCUGAAGAAGUUUGUGAUAAUUUGCAAUGAGAACAAGGAAAAGGACCUUGCAGCGGAAUACCUACUUGCUAAUGGUAGUGUUCUUGAAAUCUUGAAGCUAUUGGACUCUUCUGACAGAAAGAACAUUGAUGUUACCACUGUCUUCUCCGUGGUGAAUAUUUUGCUCAUGAAAAUUCUAGCUGAGUAUCCUGUAUACCAAAACAAUGCAGUAGAAUCUUGCCGUCAUUUAUUGAAUUCCCACAUGUCCAUCGUACACUCCAUGCUCUCAAUUCAAAGCAAUACUAAGCAACGCAAAGUAAUGCUGAAGUUGCUGGCAGCUAUAGUAUCUUUAGGUAGCAAUCUCUCGAGGGAAUUACUUGCUCAUUUGUCACUGCAACAUCAAGUACUAGAGAGCUUAGUACGACACAGCAAGUAUGCAGAUUCCCAGAAUGUCAGGACGUGUUUCAUUUAUUUUGUUCUUGCAUUUCUUGUGGAAGGAAACACGUCAGUGAUCAAAAUGCUGUUGGACAAGAACAAUCUGCUCUCCUGUAUCUUUCCAGACCUCAUAUAUGAUUCAAAAGACAUUAUCAACUUGGUCUUGACCACUGUGAGGACAUAUGUACUGGAGAACACCAACAUCAGCAAAACGAUCAAAUUGCAUGCUUUUCCAUCAUCUGUUGUGUUAAAUCUAAUUUCACUGUACAAUUGGAAAGGCCCAAACAGUCGGUCCAAGAAAGAGAAUCACAGUAUUGAUAACGGUGAUGAGUUUCUAGCAAAUAAAGAGGUUGUUAGCAAUGUGGUUCACGAAUUUCUACUCACCCUACUGACAUCACAUCGUUACGGGAUUAUUUUUCACGACCGCACGUUGGGUGGCUCGCGAAAUAAACACAAUCAUGUGGUGCAUGUAGUUCUACAGAACUUGGAGAAGCCAUGGGAGCAUGAAAAGCCAUCCGAUUUAGUUGUUAAAAUAAUGAAAGCUUGCCCAGAUUUAAUCCGUUCGCAAUAUGGCAGCGUCGAGCCAUUCCUUGAACCGCGAGUGUCGCCCAAAUGGAUUUGUCUUCUCAGAUUUGUCAAAAAGAUAAUUGAAUCGGUCAAUCCAGCCACUUGUAUCAAGAUCUGUUCUGUUGAAUUAACUAUAAAUAAUUUGAUAAAUGCUCUACUGUUCCUAACGGUUCCGAUUACGAUUAUGAAAAAUGCCAUUUUGCCAGGGUUAGAACACGAUAGUCUUUUGGUUAGACAUGAAGCUCUGACUCUUCUUCUGGCAAUAGUUCGUCAGAUAAAAGUUAUUUCUCUAGCCGUGAAGGAAUUAAAAACAGUCGCAGUUCAAAAUCAAAUAACCGAUUUUGUUCUGAGAAACAUUCCUAACUUCGAAGUGAUUUUAAAGGUGUGGAAGCGAGCAUUUGAUGCCAAUGUGACGGCUCCGGAAAAUAUGGAAAACGUUCAAAAUCCAGAGAUUCUGGAUCACCUCGACAUUAUCUUGAGUAACCUGCAUUCAUACAAGGAAAUUUGUCCAGAAUUGUUGAAUAAUUCAACCGAUUUGCAAUCAAGUUUACUGCUAACAAAUCUGAAUAAUCUCGAAGCUGACAAUAACGAAACAAAAAUGAAUGCUGACAAAAUAAUACGUAUGAAAGUCAAGGCGAUACAGUUUCUGCUAAUCAUGGACACCUCCAUUUUCGCGCCUGCAGGAAAGGUUUUCAAAGAAACUCUUCUCUUUCUCAUAUCUCUCAUUCGUCAGAAAACCAUACCAGAAAGUUAUGAUACCGCUAAGUCAUUAUUAAACGCGACAGGUUUAUUUGAAGCUUGCAACGAUCAAAUGGACAUUUGGAUCAAUGGCUUCUUGGUAAUAAUUGAUCCUAAAGAGUAUGAGGAGUUGACAAAAUGGUUCAUAUCCGUUCUCAAAAGUGCUAUUAGGCAUACUGAUAAGUAUAUAAAUAACAUGUCGCAAACAGAAGAGAUUAUAAAUGAACGGAUAGCCAACUUUGAUGUUGAAAAAGCGGAAGAUAUAAUUAAUGAACUGUUCAUUAAAGCUAAUGAAGAACCCCAUAAAGAAUCUUCCACACCAGAGUCACCUUUAACUGAUCUAGAUACGAAAAAAAAUGAUACGAUUAACAAUGUCAUCAAUAACCAUGAGUACAAAGAAAACUCAAAAAAUAUUACUCUAAAUAACUUUAAUGUUGAAAAGACCAAAAAAAUUAUCGACAAAUUAAUUAGUGAGGGAAAUGAUAAUGGCUUUCCAGACAAAAUUAAUCACAAUGCUUCUUCUACAUCAGCGUUGACUCUGAUUAACGAGCAACUGGCUAAUCUUGAUGUGGAAGAAAUUAAGAUGACUGAUAAUUAUUUCAAUAAGCUUCACAAAGAAGACUUUAGAUCCUUCAGAAUGCAAACUUGCACAUCAGUGUCACCUCUUUUGUGUUGUGCGCUUCAAAAAGUAAACGAAGACAGUCCCGUUGUCGUUGUAACUUAUUUGUCUUACGUUAUGGUCCACAGUUUACAUCACCAAGUUGUCCCGGAACUGUUAAUACAUAUGACAACGGAUGUGCCCAACUUGUCAGUCUACAAGUACCUUCAGAGUUGGUUAAGUAAUAGCCAUCCAGUUUUCUUAAAAACCAAGCUGCCGUCUUUAAAGGUAUUUCGCAAAGUGAGUAAUAUGUUGCUGACAGAUACUAAGUUGGACAUUGCCGAAUUUUCUAAACUGUUCAAUAACGGCCUUUUAUCAUGUUGCUUUAAAUACGGCGAUAAAGAGAUCAUAAUUAAGCAUUCUUUAUCCUUGUACGAUAUCAGAAUGUUGCUAAAAAUGACCAUGUUUUAUUUGACUCAAUUAAUACAACGAGAGAUCAUGCGAUAUGAUCAGAAUGAAAAAUGCAGAUUCAUGCUUAUAUGUUUGCUAAAUAUUGCACAAUCCAUGGAUCAAGAAAAUUCUUUAAUAGUCGAAGAAAGCGUAAAAUGUAUCUUUACUCACCCUAUUCUGCUGCAUUAUUUUUCACCAUUUUGGGAAGAAACACUAAAAAAUUCAAUGAAAGGUAUGACUACCGAAACUAUUCUGGAAAUCUGCAAAGUUGUACAGAACAAAUAUGAUGACACAAGACUGUACUAUAUUUUCACAGCAUUUAGAGAUAAGUUUUUAGCGCAAUUAAAAAAUAUUAUUGAAAAAAAGCCUCCAAAUUCUUCCAACAAUAACUAUGAUAUUAUUGUUGAAUUUUUAAGAAUAUUACAGUUGAGAACGCAAGAUAUGGCAAACCUGUUGCUUGCUUUGAUAAAGCAGCAAAAAACUGCAUUUAUUUCGAAUGAUAAACAAAAUCUGUCCAUGUUUGGGUAUACUGUGCCAGUAUUGUUGGAUAUAUCACGUAGCAAAGAGUCGAUAUCAUAUCUUGAUCAAAAUAACGUUUUAGAUGACCAAUUUGUGGCAAGGUUGAGUUUGCACCUGGUUCAUCUAAAGUCUAAAAAAAUAGAUCACGUGGAUAAAUGGGAGCAAGCCUUAGCAGAAUACUUGUCUACCUUCCCAAGUAAUAUCGCCAGUUUCAACAAGUCCACUUUCAUGUGCUUGUUGGCAAAGGGCAUUACUACGUCCACAGUUCAGCUGAUAACAACUUUGAUUGCUAGAAAUACCAAGCUGAUCCCGCCUUUGGUGGAAUACUUUCUUAAAACAGACGACCCAGAGCGAAUAAAGCAAAGAGAUAUUGUAUUCCCAAUAUUGGGCAGCAAUUUGCAGUAUAAAUGGAAUAACAACUUUCUUCAUAGUCUUUACGAGUGCUACGGCGAUGAUAUUGUCGCAUAUUUAACCGAUCCACAAAAUCCUGUCUGUUGGAUCAAGGAAAACGUUGAGGCAGUUGUCUAUCUCAUUGAGAACACUUUCGAUAUUGCUAUAUGCGAGAAAGUUUGCAAUAGUAUUUCUCAAAGUGGUGAUAAACUGGACAUGGUAUCUAUUUGUUUCGUACAAUUAUUGGAAAGUCUAUAUAAGAGGUACGAAGCUCUAGUAUCUGUUAAAGAGGAUCCUUGGAUGGAUCUAAUAAAAAUUCUGUUGCACGUGAUGACUGCGACGUUGAAAAAGGAAUCCAAGAAUGUAGAGAAGCUUAAAGUUUUAUGUGAGAAGCUAGACAGUACAGUAAUUUGCUUAAGGAAAGUCAUACGUACGUCCACCUUUAGUUCACUCAGCAAGAGUUCUUCGUGGCCACAAUUCACCAGAUUUUCCCUGAAGUUUAGUCUGAAGAAUGCUGGAGACGAAGAGAUUCAAUCAAGUAUAUUGCAGACUCUGAGUAAUCUGUGUGAUAUUGCGUUUGAAGAUAAUACUGACGACGAGUACGCUAAAACGUUGUUCGAGAUGGCGACAUCCCAUUCGGAGUUUAUUAACGUCAUGCUUGGGUCCUCCAAUGUUAAAGGCAGUUUGGUUGAUUUAUUGAGGAUACUGAUACGAAAAAAUUCAUCGAUAAUGACUGUCUCCCACGUGCCUCUUUAUCUCGCAGCCUAUAACGCCACUCUCAGCCAUACUGACCAACGUAUUUUGCAAAUUCUUCAGCACUACGAAGCUCAUAAUAUAAACAUUCAACAAUACUGGCCAUAUCUAUGGGGAAAUACAGCAGCGAUACGUUACAGCAUAAAAGGAGAAACGGACAGUGCUCUCUGGCGGCAACCAUCUACUUCCGAAAUAUUUAACUUAUUUGAUGCGGACAUGGUCAGCGAAACCAUAAAGAAUUAUCCCGUUCACAGAGGAUUAAUGGAUGACCAUUUACACAAGAACAGCAACGUAUAUGAUCCAGCAUUUUACCUGCCUCUGCUAUGCUCUUUACUAGCGGAGAAUAAUGUUGUCGCAUGCCACAAGAUAAAUCACAGUGGUGCGUUAGCAUUGGUGCUCGCUGCUUGUUGCAGUGUUUCGAGCGAUGUUCGAAUGGCAGCGUAUACUAUUAUCUCGAGAUACUACUUUCACUUGGAAGCAUCCAGGUCCAAAGAAAAGUUGCUGUGGAUGCGUUUGAUCGACGCUUUGCGAAAUGGCGUUGUAUCAUUAAAAUAUCCGUUAAAAGACGUCCGUUUGAAUUGUUUGGUAACCACUUUCCUAGCCAGGACUGCGUUAAUUGCUAGCCAACCGCUACAUCCGCUUUACUCGCCAUUGCAUACCUUUUUAAUGGCUAAACCUGCGUUGGAUCUGACUAUUAUACCCGAACUGUUGCAAUUAUUGCACAGUUCGCAUGUAGAGCACAAAGCACAUCGACAUUGGAUCCUGGAAAAUAUCCGGGACGGUAUCAAAGAAGAUUGUGACAUGGAUGUGGCCCUAAAAUGCGUAUUAUUUAAGAUGCUUUUCGAUUUUUAUACUUGCAUACUGUCAGACACCAAGACCAAGAAAAUUAUCCUGGAAGUUCUCGCUUAUGCCACGAGGAUUCCGAAAUCGUCUUUACUUCUCAUACGAGGAUAUGGCAUACUACCAUGGCUAUAUGGGAUUAUCAAUCGUUUUGACGCUUGUGAAGUGGAAAGUGACACUAUUAUUACCAUAAUCGAGAAUCUGUUGAAUAGCUUGGAUAGCUUAACGGAAAAUACAAUCCAUUACGAGCAUCUGCUAUUUAGCAUCCUUUUGAAACUAAGGAUGCAUUUUCCUAGAAACGCACCGAAUGAGUUACUCGUUCGCUACGCGAAUAUUCUUCAGUGUGUAAUUGCGGCGAAAAACGUAAAAAGUUGCGUGAGUAAAGAGAGCCUCAAGAAAGUCCAACAUUUAACUUAUUUGAUGCGGACAUACGCGUCAGCGAAACCAUAAGGAAUUAUCCCGUUCACAGAGCAUUGACGGACGACGAUUUAUACGAGAACAGCGACGUAUAUGAUCCAGCAUUUUAUCUGCCUCUGCUAUGUUCCUUAUUAGGAGAAAAUAAUGCUGUCGCAUGCCACAAAAGAUAAAUCACAGUGGUGCGUCAGCAUUGGUGCUCGCUGCUUGCUGCAGUGUUCCGAGCGAAGUCCAAAAAGUUUGUUGAAACAUAAAAGCAAGUGUGGUUUUUAACAAGUGAUUGAUAUACAAGUGAAGAUGUAAAUACUUAUAUGUACAAUUACUGAGAAAAUCUCUGAGUAACUAUACACAUA